CAGUCUCGAAUCUCGAGGCCGGCAUACUACUGUCAGAUUUCGGUAGAGUAAUUUUGUAGCGCUUUGAGGUUACAUUAAUAAAUCUUGGUGAUUGCGUAGAGGCGGUGCUUAGAUCCGCCCCCGUUUGUUUUCAGGCGCAUAAAAUGGUUAAGUUAAAAUUGCGGCAACUGCUGAUCGUGGGUAUAUGCCUGUUUCGAGAAAUUCUUACUACCGAGGCGGCCUCAGCUCACAUUCACACUCAUCACAGCAACAAAGAUGCCGCCAGCCACGAAAGGACCGAAGACGGAGCCUUCAGCCCCAGAGACGUCGAGCAUUACGCCGAUGGCGAUCAUCACCAAGAGUUUGAUCACGAAGCCAUACUCGGAAGCGUGAAGCAAGCCGAAGAAUUCGACAAGUUACCGCCGGAGACAGCGAAGGAACGACUAGGAAUUCUGCUCACAAAGAUGGACCUGAACAACGAUCAAUACAUCGAGAGAAAUGAGCUAAAAGCUUGGAUCCUUCGCUCGUUCAGCAUGCUUUCUACCGAGGAGUCGGAGGAUCGUUUGGACGAUGCAGACGCUAACGAAGAUGGCAGAGUCAGCUGGGACGAGAUUCUCCAGGACACUUACGGAUCGGAUCCUGAGGACUUGGCCGAGGAUGACAAGCUGAUACAGGACGACAAGGCCACUUUCAACGCUGCCGAUCUGGACGGAGAUGGAUACUUGGAUGCCGAUGAAUUCAAGGCGUACACGCACCCUGAGGAAACUGCGAGGAUGUUUCCGCUACUUCUGCAGCAGGCCCUGGAUGACAAGGACACUGACAAGGAUGGAUUCAUCAGCUUCCAAGAGUUCUUGGGUGACAGAGCAAGGGGCGAGGAUAAGGAAUGGCUUCUAGUUGAGAAGGACAAGUUCGACCAUGAUUACGACAAAAACGGAGACGGCAGACUUGAUUCUGAGGAGAUUCUCGCAUGGCUUGUGCCCAGCAACGAAGACAUAGCUACGCAGGAGUCGGAUCACCUUUUCGCAGCAUCCGACGACGAUCACGACGAUAGAUUAUCCUUUGAAGAAAUAUUGGACCAUCACGACGUGUUCGUAGGAAGCGAAGCUACGGACUACGGAGAACAUUUGCACAAUAUUGAAAAUUUUAAAGACGAACUGUAAUCAUCAUUAGAGAGGUAUGCAGCAUAAGAAAAAAAUCAUACGCGCACAAUCCUCGCGAAUUGUUUUAUUCCUACAACUAAUGUAAGUUGAUUCAAGUCUUAUAUUUUCCUCCAAUUUCUCUUCAUUAUCAUUGUGCAUUAUUUAUUACGACAUUUCACAAUUCACUCACAAAUAGUUCAGUCUCAAUUUAUUGCUCAGAAGCAUUUUAUUAUUAUUAUCGUCGUAAAGUUUUACGAGGUGUCGAGUAUCUGCAAGAAUGCGCUUAGCUGCGUGGUGAAAAAAGUAUUACAACACCUCUUUCGCGCCGUCGUCAUCGUCUAAUUUAAGCAUCAAAGCCAAAGCUGAACAAAGAAUGUAAAUUCCCGAGAGUCUUCCAAUCUGUAACAAUUUCAGCCCGACAUGAUUAUUUUUUUUUUUUUCUCUCUUAAUAUGGAUCCUGGGUAUGUAGGCAUAAAUUGCGUACUAUCGAUCAUAAAGAAUUUACUCAGCACAAUAUCAAUUUCACAGUCCUCACAAUUUUGUAAAAUACACUAUUUAUAUCGAAGUAUAAAUCGUCCGGAUUCGAUAUCAUUAUUUUAAUUAGUCCGUUAACACGUUAUCGCAUCAAGCAGAUGCACAAAAAACUAGUACGAAAUAAAAUUUCGGUCAAUUCUCCGGCUGUUUCUUCUUACUUCGAUAUCAAGGUGUGAGAAAAAAAAGUAUAUAUGUCGAAGAUAUCGUGAAAUAUUUGUCAAGACAAGUAUCGGUAGCUAAUAAGUAAACAUAUUCGUAUAAUGCAAAAUUUGUAAUACAUAUAAUAUUUAUAUCAUUUGUUUGAUAUGUUACAAACUCAUUAAUAUAUUACGAGACGUAAUUUUAUGAAUCCAUCGUGUAACAAAUACACAUAUAUAUAUUGAUGGUUAUAUUGCCAUAA